AUGAACAAUGACAGAAUCAAUAAAAAAAGAGAUAAAUCAUCUAAUGAUGUUAAAAGUCUUUUAACUUAACCUAGCAUGUUGUUUACUCAAAAGGCAGAAGAGAAUAUCAUUCAUGUAAUCUAACAAGUACAACCAUUAAGGACUGAAAAUGAUUAACUUAAAAAUACUAUACUUGCUACAUAAAAUUAUUUAGAAGUAUUUGAUUACAUAUUGAAUAAAUUAGUAAUAAAGAGAGAAUCUAUCUCAAAUUAUUAGAGAUACUGAAAGCAGAGAACUUGUGAAGAGAAUUGCAGAUAUCCCAACGUUAAUAACUAUUUUAUAAGAAGAUAUGAAAACCAUGUAAGAAACAUUAAGGACAUGUAUUUCAAACACUAAUACAUAAUCUAGAAUCACUAUUAUUGACACAAUAAACUGACCAGUUACUAAUUUUAAAUGAGGAACGAAAUUCUAAUUAUGAGCGAAUUAAAAUAGAAGUUUCUCGAUAAGCAAUAGAACAAUAAUAAAUUAUAACUCAUCAAGAGGAAUUAAUUUAAUCAAAGGAUUAAACUAUAUAACAAUUGAAUCAAUUAAUUGAAGAUGAAAAUAAAAAAAUUAAGAAAAAUUAAAAUUCACAUUUUGAAGUUCUUGAUUCAUAUAAUGAAAAGUUGGAAGAGUUAACAAAUUAACUUAAUGAAGAAAUUGAAAAAUAAGCAUAAAUUAAACUUAAAUAUACAUAGAUGUUAUAAUAAUAAUAAGAGGAACAUCAUACAUAAGUAGCAAUUAAAUAAGAUUAAUAUGAAUUUGCUUUAGGGGAAUUAAGAAACACAUAUGAAAAACGUAUGGAUAAAUUAAUUAAAGACAGUGAAUUUAGAAUUUCAGAAGCAAAUAAAGCUUCAAUUAGAGCAAAUAAAGAAUUAGAAUAAGUUAGAAAUAAAUAUGAAUAAGAAAUAUAAAAAAAUGAGUAAUAAAUAAUCUUAAUAAAAAAUCAAUAAUUAUAGUUAUAAUAGUAAUAACAAUAAACAUAAUAAUUAAGAGCAGAAAUGCAUUAAUAAUCUUUAUAUCUUCAUUAAACAUAAGCUAUGAUUGCUAAUUUAAAAAAAAAUAAUAAUAUUGUUCUUACUGAAGGAUAAAUCUUAUUAGAAUAAAAGAUUUAAUAAUAAUUUUCUGAAAAUUUUUAUUUGACAAAUCCAACAAAUCAUUUUUCUAGUUAAACAUAAUUUUAAUAAGAAAUUGAUCAUCAAUAAUAACAAACAUCACCAUCUUUAUGGCCUUAAGAUAUAAGAUAAUUUUCUCCAUCUUCUUUUAAACUUAAUCCGAAAAAUGCUGAUCAAUAAACAACUUAAAUUUCUCCUAUAUCAAAUUAUAAAUAAACUUAAGAAAAAAUUCCAAAUCUAGAAUUAGAAGAAAUAAUGGAAUCAAAAAAAUAAACAAAUUUAAUGAAAAAAUUAAGAAAGAAACGAAAUCAACGAUCUAAAAAUAGAGAAGAUUAAUACUAUUAUUAAAUUAAAACAAAUGAUGGAAUGAAUUCAAAAGAAUUAAUGACUGGGCCUUCUCCAAAAUUAAGUGAGGAAACUCCAAAUUCUAAAUUUGUUAGUGUUAAUUUCACUUAAGCUUUAACUACUCAUCAUUCAAAUCUUAGAAGAAGAAGUAAAUUAUAAAUUAACUUCUCUAAUAAUUAAAUUAAAGAAUAAGAAAUUAAUCAAGAAGUUUAAACUUAAGAUAUCUCUUGUUAGACUGAAGAUUUUUUAUUAGAAUAUUUUUUAAUUAAUGAAAAUUAAAAAACUAUUCAUACUCAUCCAUAAGAAAGAUCUAAUAGUUAUUAUUUUUCACCAACUAAAAAAAAUUAAAUAUCUAAUAUAAUUUUAGAUAAUAGUUCUAAAAAUUAACAUUAAUUUAGUAAUUAAAUAUUGCAAAGUGAUUAAGAUGAAUUUUAAGUUUUAUAGAAAGAUGAAGUAACUAUUCUUAAAGAAUAAAUUGCUUAAUUAUAAACAUAAAAUUAAAUACAAACUAAAAAUAUCACAGAUUUAUAAGAAAAAGCAUAAUAAAUGUAAGAAAGAAUGAAAGAAAAUGUUAAAUAAAUGAAAUAAUAAAUUUAGAGAAGUUCAUAAGAAAAUGAAGCUCUUUUAAAAUAAUUAGAAAAGCCAAAAGAAGUUGUUAAGAAAAAAAUAGAAUUAUAAAAACAUUUGGAAAACUAGAUUACACAAAGUGAAAAUUUAUAGAAUUAAUUAACAAAAGCAGCAGAAAUAAUAAAAUAUUUUAAUAAUGAACUUGAAAAUUAUAAGUAAAUGUAUAAUAUUUUUGGACAAGGUACUAAAUCAGAUAGAUUAUAAACCAAGAAAUUACCAAGUAUUUAUUAACCAUCUCCAAAAAGGAAAAUUGGAGAAUGUACUCCAAGAAAAUAAUAAUCAAUGUAUGAAGAAGCAUAGAAAUUAAUAGAUAAUCUAUAUGAUAUCAAAACACAUAAAAGAAAUUGA